AUGCCGCCAUCGUAUUACCUUCUUCACACGCAGUAUCAUGCAGCAGUCAUAUUGCUACAUCGGCCAUUUGUGCGAUACAGCGAGAAGUCGGAAGCGGAUGUGGGCAAUCCUUUCACCAGCCUGUCCCGCACCAGUUGUGUCGAGAGUGCUGAGCACAUUGCCACCAUUUUCGAACAGUACCGCGCACGCUUCGACAUGGCGCAGGCCUAUGGCACGGCUGUGCAACAUGCUGGCACGGCAGUAACAGCGCUCAUGGGCGAGGUCAUACUUCAGACGGACAUGCCUCAGCGCGACAAGUUGAUUGAAAAGAUCACAUCGCUGCGGCUCGCCAUCAGCUUGAUGGCAAAAAACUACCAGCCUGCUGGGUACAUGACCAGCGUGGUGGACCAGUUCAUUCGUAGCAUGCAAAGUGCGGGCUUGGACAAGUCGGAACCCGAGCAACGAGCAGAUGCCGAGAGCUCUGGUCCAGAAACGGCUGCGAGGGGGCCUGCCGGUGACCUCCCAUCACAGCCCCAUCAUGACUUUGUGCCGUUAUCGCAGUGCCGGACUAGGAUGGGCGACUCGUUCGCAUUUACGCCCACUUGUUCUGGAUCCCAGUCGCCGUCGGGGCUCCCAUUCUUGCCAUCGUCGUUCCUUGAGGGUCUGAUCAUGGAUGACACAAUGUUCUCGGGCUUGGCUGGUGCUGCAGACGGAAAUCUCCCCUGGGACUAUCCGCCCGAGCUUUAA